AUGGAAGAAAACAUAACUAUUAAUCCAAAAUUAUUAGAUAAAAAACAAAAAAAAUCGGUCCUUAAACCAAAUAAAAAAAACGGCUUCAAAUCCAAAUUUUUAGGAUUUUUGGCUUUAAGUAAUUUACCAGCAGUAACUUCUUUUCACUUAAAUCAGUGCAAUAAUUUAAACGUUUAUCAAUAUAAAGGUUUAGAUGAAAACGGCUCUUUCAUCCUUUACCAGGCUGAAUCCUUAGAAGAACCACUCUUGAAUGGUCCGGUAUUUAAAAUUUUAAGAGAGUUCGAAAAAGAUAUUUUAGACAAGAAAAAAGCAGAUUAUAACAUUACUGGAGAUAUUGAUGACUAUCUAACUGAGUGUAAAAAAUCCAAGGACUUAGCCGACCAAAAUAACUUAAAAAAUAUUCUCGCUGAAAAAGAUUUAGAAAAUAAAACAGACUGUGCUAAAUCGACUCCUGCUCCGGAGUAUACUAAAUUGUUAGAUUGGGUAAAAAAGCAAUUUGUACUUUACAGGGAGGAAAUUUUAGCAACUCACGAAGUAGAGAUUAAUAAAUUAGAACUGAAAGUUAUGAAGAAAGAUAGUAUAAUUGGUGACUUAGAAGAGAUAAUUAAAGAACGAAAGAUCGAGAUAAAAAAUAGAGAUGAGCAAGAAACUUUAAUCACAGAACUUCGGGCUGAACUCGAAAAUCAAAAGAAAAAUAGUUCAACUUCAAAAAUAUCCCUUCCUAGUUUAGGGAUGGGGGGAUUGUUAAGCCUAGCAGGGAAAAAGUUCUAUGAUAAAUUAAAUAAUCCUUCCCGUGUAGAAGAAUUAGAGGCCGAAAUCCGCCGGUUGUGGGAAAGAUUGGCCGAACACGAUAAUCAUGUCUGUGAUUGUGGUGUAGACCAUCAACAAUUAAAAAUUGACCAUGAAACUCAAGUAGUUAAUGAAAUUAUUACUCAACAAAAUCUGUCAAUUCCUCACGGAAGUAAAUUAAAGACCUUAAAUUCUGAAAUCAAAAGCAAGUAUAAUUCACAUGCCAAACUCGAAAGGGUCUUUCAAGAUGAAUUAGGAUUUGACUCGCAAGCAACUGAUUUGCAAGAACAAGUUAGAAUAAAGACUAAAGGGUUUAAGUUGAGUGAUAUCCCCAACGAUAAAAGUUUAAAAGAUUUAAUUAAAAAUGUCCCUACUGAUUUGCAAAAUGAGAUUAGCACUUUAAAAGUUCAACUAACUGUUAAAGAAAAAGAAAUAGUUAAAUUCAUCCAUGAUGAACUAAAAUUAGGUUUAGUGGCCGGUUCAAUUAAUAAAACAGAGGUCUUAAACAAGAUUAAGCAAUUAAUUGAGAAAGGAGAUGGUUCCAAUGCCUAUAAGCAAGAAGUUGAGCACUUAAGAAAAGAAGUGGAGAAUAUGAAGAAACAACCUGAUAAGGUUGUGAAAGAAGUGGUGAUAGAAGGAGUUAAAAAUGAUGCUCAAACUCAAGAAAAUUAUGGUUUUACCUUUACAAAUGAAGAAAAAAAUAAAAUAACACUUGCUCCAACUGCUAGAGCAGCUUUAGGAAUUGCUAACCAGGUUGUUAAAGAAAGAAUACAAAACUUACAAAGUUCUCGCAGUUCUGAUAAAUAUGAAUAUAAUCCAAUUACUAAAAAACUAGAAUUAGAUAGAGUUUUAUCAGUUGCUAUGCAUUACCCAGAAAAAUACGGUUUUAUUCCUAAAACCUUAGCACCGGACGGAGAUGAAUUAGAUUUUAUUUGCCUGACCGAAAGGGCUGGUGGGGCAGGAGAAUAUAUUAAAGCACGAAUUAUUGGAGUUUUAAGAAUGAAUGACAAUGGAGAACAAGAUGAUAAAUUAUUAGUAGUAGAUAAUGGCGAACCUGAACUAAAUUAUAUUAAAAGUUUAGAGGAAAUUCCUGAGAAAAGAAAAAAAAAAAUCAUUCAUUUUUUUUCUCACUAUAAAGACUUAGAAAAUAAAAAGGUGGAAGUGGGGAAUUUUGAAGGCAAAGAGGAGGCUGAAAAAUUAUUAAAAGUCUGCCAAAAAACCUACCAAAACAAAAUGAAGGGGAGUUAG